GCUAGUUUAACAACUUCAACUAAACUGAUUGACAUUUUAAACUAAAAUAUAAAACUAAUGUUCAACUAAAGUUUUCAGCUAAGCCAGCAAAACAUCAUUUGUGUCACAAAUAUUGACAAAAAAAAUAGAACAAGACACAAACUGUAAAGCAGAAACAGAAAAGUCUAAAGAAGAAUAAUAAUGUUCUGGUUCUGGUAUCAAUAUCUGGCAUCUUUACGAUGAUGGUAAAUGUUAUGGCUGGCGGGCAUACAGCAACGUCUUUGUUACAUCAGUGUAAUUUAAACAACUAUCAACUAUUUUAUGGGCCAACACAAGAACAACUAACAAUAUUGUCAUUAUUUGGAGCAGCAAUAACGUUGGCGGUAGUUGCAAAUAGAAAAGUUUUAGAAAUUGUAGACAGCAGUGAGAAACGCUGGAAAUUAAGAGGCAUCUUUUGUGCGAAAAAAACAUUUAAAAAAUGGAUAAAAAUUAUAUAAAUUUAACAAGUGUAGAUAAAAGUAAUUGUAAUUCAUGGUUACAACAGACGACCAACAACAAACUACUGCUAUUACUGGUAGUGAAUACAUUUCAACACCCAUUAUUGAGUUACCGCCAUGAAUGAAACAGAGUGUGAUAAUUUAAUCAAGUCGGUAAAAUGGACGGAACCCUCAAAUUUGAUCUCACUAGCGAUACUCGAAUUUAUCAAUGUUUUAGUAAUAGGAGGAAAUCUUUUAGUUAUUGCCGCUGUUUUCUGUUCCAAUAAGUUGCGCAGUGUAACCAACUUUUUUAUUGUUAAUUUAGCGGUGGCUGAUUUACUGGUCGGCUUAGCCGUUUUGCCAUUCUCCGCAACAUGGGAGGUGUUUAAGGUUUGGAUAUUCGGUGAUGUUUGGUGUCGCAUUUGGCUGGCCGUCGAUGUCUGGAUGUGUACAGCCUCAAUAUUAAACUUAUGUGCCAUUUCUUUGGAUCGGUAUGUGGCCGUAACACGACCGGUUACGUAUCCCAGCAUUAUGUCUACCAAAAAAGCGAAAUCUUUAAUAGCCGGCAUUUGGGUUUUAUCAUUUGUUAUAUGUUUUCCGCCGCUCGUUGGAUGGAAAGAUCAAAAGCCCAUGAUACAACCAACUUACACAAGGGGAAAUUAUACGCUUUAUUAUGCCACUAGUACAACAACAACAACAGUAGCAACGGACUCAUCAUCAACAAUAACAACAACUACAUCGUCAUCUAUAGCUGGAGUAGCAGGCGUAAGAGCACCCUCAUCAUCAUCAGCGAAAUCAUUAAAACACAAAGGAAAUAGACGAAAAGCAUUCGUAAAAACCACAACAAAUGCUCCCUACAAAACACCACCAGCACCUGCAUCGGUAGCCAAGGCUUUGAGGCAAACAAGAAGAACCUCAGCCAAGUCAUCGCCGUCAUUGUAUUCAGCGUCGUCAUUGUAUAAUUCAUUUAAUCCAUAUGAUCCCUACUAUGCGCAUUUACAAAAUCAUAAUACGGAUAAUAAAAGUGUAAGUAAUCGGGUUGUUGUUGAUACUGAUGAUAGUAAUGCUCCUGCUGACAUUAACAACAACAAAAACAAACACUAUACGAACAAUGAAGAUGAGGAUGAUGCUGACGCAGGAAAUAAUAGUAAGAUUUCUGUAGCUGAUGCUGCUGAUGAUGAUGAUGAAUACACUUUAACAACAAGUGACAGUUCAGAAAGUAGUAGUAUACGUUACAAUAAUGAUCCAACAUCAGCCUUGUAUUACGACACAGCAGACUCAGGUAGAGUGGUGGGGCAGGAUAAUAGAGCCCUACCAACUACAUCAACCUAUAGCACCUCGUCAUCGUCAUCGGCAUUUAAUUCGUAUACAACACCACCAGCCUGUCCCUGGAAGUGUGAGUUAACAAAUGAUCGUGGUUAUGUUUUAUACUCUGCUCUGGGAUCCUUUUACAUACCGAUGUUUGUCAUGUUGUUCUUCUAUUGGCGCAUCUAUCGGGCAGCUGUACGCACAACACGUGCCAUUAAUCAGGGUUUCAAGACUACAAAGGGCUCCAAAGGCAUUGGCUCCCGUUUCGACGAACAACGACUUACACUAAGGAUCCAUCGAGGAAGAGGCUCGAACCAACACGAAUCCACACACAGUAAUGGCAGUACACAAAGUACUACCACCACAUUGGGAACACCUUCGCCCGAGCGGUUGAGUAAAUACUCCACCCGCAGACAACACAAUAAUCAUGAUAAAAUCAAAAUUUCCGUUUCGUAUCCCUCUAAUGACAAUAUUUGCGAACUGGCACAUGCCCACGACAGUAUGCACCUCGAAAGGGGAAGAGAACAUCGUGCUUCAUCUGCCAGCAGCGGUAAUAUGCUGUUUUCUGUGCACUACGGUUCCCAAAAUGGGCGAGAUUGUACAGAGACCCAGCUGUUUAGACAUCAACACGAUAGUACAUGUUAUUUGCAAGUGGGUAAGAAUAUGCCGGAUAUGCUGAGAAGAACCUCCAAUACGAGUGAACAUCAACAGAAUAGACCCAACAAGAAGAUGGGCAAGAGAAAUAUUAAGGCCCAAGUGAAAAGGUUUCGCAUGGAGACAAAGGCCGCCAAAACAUUGGCCAUUAUAGUGGGUCUUUUCAUAUUCUGCUGGCUGCCCUUCUUUACCAUGUACAUAAUAAGACCAUUUUGUGAGGACUGUAUAGAUCCGCUGUUAUUUUCGGUGCUUUUUUGGUUGGGCUAUUGCAAUUCGGCCGUCAAUCCCAUGAUUUAUGCUUUGUUCUCCAAAGAUUUCCGUUUUGCCUUUAAACGCAUCAUAUGCAAAUGCUUCUGCUCGGGCAAGAGCAUCAAUGUGAAAACAUCUCGGCGUGGCUCAGACAUGUCAGCCAUACGUAUACGAGCUCGAACACCCAGCAUAACACCCAGUGCAGCGAAUCAUUCGUUUGGCGAUGAGUCCGAGUUGCAUCAUUCCGAAAUGAGUUCGAACGAUAGAUGACGUUCAUUUGGGCCCACAAAUUCCAGUUCAUCGAAUAGUUUGGGGGUCCGCAAGACGAGUUUGAAAGUUCCUGUUUAUGAAAUCUGUCAUCCCUUGGUGAUGGAUAUUGGCAGCAAUGCGAAUGGGAAACGCACGCAGUUGUAGCCCCUAACGGAGGCGAGAAGUAGUAGGAGUUGUAGCACUCAUAGGGAGGAGAUUAGUUUGCAAGUAUUUAAUAGAUCUGGUAAGUUAAAAAGGGGUAGGGCAAUACGCUUAAAGUAAAGAAAUUAAUAUUUACACAAAAAUAAUGUUUAAUAAAA